GGCUAUUUCUGUGGCUUUGUUCAGAUGGAGAGGGGCUGGAGGCGGAGGGCUCGGGCCAGAGACUGGACCAACACCUGGGCCUCGCUGACCACCAGGUGAAACAGAGACACUUUGAGGAGUUCCGAGAUCGCUACAGCACACAGGUGUGGCCUGGCAGAGAUGAGAUGACGCGUGUGCUAGCUCGCUGCCACAAGUGGAGCGUGUCCAGCCAUCAGUUGACCGACCUGGAGCGAGCCUUUGGUCAGUUCCUCCAGGCCCUGGACCGCACCGUCACACAGCUCAGCUGGUCUCGCUGCAGAAAUGUGUUCGAAACCUUCGAGAUGGCCCAAAGGACUUUCCGCUCCCACCAGGGGGCGCUGUGUGCAGCCUUGAGGGCCAAGGAGGUACCUCUCCCUCCUCCCCUCCCUCCUCUCAUCCCUUCACUCCUCCCCCCUCUCAUCCCUCCUCCCUUCACUCCUCCCCUCACUCCUCCCCUCCCUCCUCCUCUCCCUCCUCUUCUCCUUCUUCCUAACUGGAGUGAAGAGGUCCCAGUGAAGAAUUCAUUGUGAAGAUUAUAUAUAA